UUCUCCUACUGUACUACCCGACACCUACAUAUAAAGGAGAGCAAGGACUCUCUCUCCCUUCUCGACUGGCUUCUGGUGAUCGCCAUUUUGCACUUCUCUUACUGCAAGCCUUUACUCUCCCUCUCCCUCUCUCACUUUCUCUCUCGUACCUUUCUGUGAGGUAUUUCCAUAUCUCAUUCCGCAGCUUCUUUCAACCAUGACAGUCGUGACGCCUGCCCCUAUUGAUGUAUGACUCUCUCUCCUCUCUCUCUAAGUGUACAUCCAUCUAUGUGUUUGGUGUUUGCCGAUAUCAGAGCAACCAGAGGACGAGGAGAUGCUUGUCCCGCAUUCGGAUUUGCCCGAAAACAAUCACCAACCGAUGGAAGUCGUUGCACAACCUGAAACUGCUAAUAAUGUGGAGAACCAGCCAGUGGAGGAUCCUCCAUCAUCAAGAUUCACAUGGAGAGUUGACAACUUUACUAGGAUGAAUACGAAGAAGUAUUAUUCAGAUGUAUUUGUUGUUGGCGGCUAUAAAUGGCGCGUGCUUAUUUUUCCUAAGGGAAACAAUGUGGAUCAUUUGUCUAUGUAUUUGGAUGUUGCGGAUUCUUCAAGUUUGCCAUAUGGGUGGAGUAGACAUGCCCAGUUUAGCUUGGGGGUUAUCAAUCAAAUUCAUAACAAGUAUUCAGUACGAAAAGACACACAGCACCAGUUCUAUGAGCGAGAAAGUGAUUGGGGUUUUGCAUCCUUUAUGCCUCUUAGUGAACUUUACGAUCCCAGUAGAGGGUAUCUUGUGAAUGAUACACUUAUAGUUGAAGCCGAGGUUCUCGUUUGUACGGUUUUUGAAUACUGGACAUAUGACUCAAAAAAGGAGACAGGUUAUGUGGGGCUUAAGAACCAAGGAGCAACAUGCUACAUGAACUCUCUUCUCCAGACUCUGUAUCAUAUUCCUUAUUUCAGAAAGGCUGUUUACCAUAUGCCCACAACCGAGAGUGAUUUGCCAUCGCAAAGCAUACCAUUGGCUCUGCAGAGUCUAUUUUACAAGCUCCAGUACAGUGACAAUAGUGUGGUGACCAAAGAGCUUACAAAGUCUUUUGGAUGGGACACAUAUGAUUCAUUUAUGCAGCAUGAUGUGCAAGAACUCAAUAGAGUUUUGUGUGAAAAACUUGAGCACAAAAUGAAGGGAACUGUUGUAGAGGGAACUAUACAGAAGUUCUUCGAAGGACACCAUAUGAACUACAUUGAAUGCAUCAACGUGGACUACAAAUCUACAAGAAGGGAAUCAUUUUAUGAUCUUCAACUUGAUGUCAAAGGCUGUCGUGAUGUUUAUGCUUCUUUUGAUAAGUAUGUUGAAGUGGAACGUCUUGAGGGUGGUAACAAGUAUCAUGCUGAACAGUAUGGAUUACAGGAUGCCAAGAAAGGUGUUCUGUUCAUUGACUUCCCCCCUGUGCUUCAACUUCAACUGAAACGAUUUGAGUAUGACUUCAUGCGGGACACAAUGGUGAAGAUUAAUGAUCGUUAUGAGUUCCCGUUACAACUUGACCUUGAUCGAGAGAAUGGAAAAUAUUUAUCGCCUGAAGCUGAUAGGAGUGUUCGCAACCUUUACACACUUCACAGUGUUUUGGUGCAUAGUGGUGGGGUGCACGGUGGACACUAUUAUGCCUUUGUCAGGCCAACACUUUCUGAUCAGUGGUAUAAAUUCGAUGAUGAGAGGGUAACAAAAGAAGACAUAAAGAGGGCACUAGAGGAGCAGUAUGGUGGUGAGGAAGAGUUACCGCAGACAAACCCUGGGUUUAAUAACACUCUUUUCAAAUUUACGAAAUAUUCAAAUGCAUACAUGCUGGUGUACAUUCGGGAAAGUGACAGAGAUAAAAUAAUCUGCAAUGUGGAUGAAAAGGACAUUGCUGAACAUCUGAGGGAGAGGUUAAAAAAGGAACAAGAAGAAAAGGAGCACAAGAAGAAAGAAAAGGCAGAGGCACACCUGUAUACUAUUAUAAAGGUUGCCAGGGAUGAGAACCUCAUGGAGCAAAUUGGGAAGGAUAUUUAUUUUGAUCUUGUGGAUCAUGACAAAGUUAGAAGUUUUCGUAUUCAGAACCAGACUCCUUUUAACCUUUUUAAGGAGGAGGUUGCGAAAGAGUUUGGCAUACCAGUGCAUUUUCAGCGUUUUUGGCUGUGGGCAAAGCGUCAAAACCAUCCUAACCGUCCAUUAACGCCUAAGGAGGAAACACGAUCUGUUGGACAGUUGAGUGAGGUAUCGAACAGGGUUCAUAAUGCAGAACUAAAGUUAUUCUUAGAAGUAGAGCUUGGGCUGGAUUUACACCCUGUUGCUCCACCUGACAAGACAAAGGAUGAUAUCCUGCUUUUCUUUAAGCUUUAUGAUCCAGAAAAAGAAGAAUUACGAUAUGUUGGAAGACUUUUCGUGAAGAGUACUGGUAAGGCAGCUGAAAUCUUGUCAAAAUUAAAUGAAAUGGCUGGCUAUGCUCCCGAGGAAGAGAUUGACCUGUAUGAGGAAAUUAAGUUUGAGCCCAAUGUCAUGUGUGAACCCAUCGAUAAGAAGUUCACAUUUCGUGCCUGCCAGCUUCAGGAUGGAGACAUUGUCUGCUUUCAGAAGUCAACUUCAUUUGAAGGUGAACAUCUCCGCUAUGAUGAUGUCCCAUCUUUUCUGAAAUACGUGCACAACCGUCAAGUUGUUCACUUCCGAUCCCUUGAGAAACCCAAAGAAGAGGAUUUCUCUCUAGAACUGUCAAAACUCCAUACCUAUGAUGAUGUUGUGGAACGAGUAGCUCGACAACUUGGUUUGGAUGAUCCAUCCAAACUUAGGCUUACACCGCACAACUAUUACUCACAACAACCCAAACCCCAGCCAAUUAAGUAUCGUGGGGUUGACCACUUGACUGAUAUGCUGGUCCACUACAGUCAGACUUCAGAUAUAUUGUACUAUGAAGUGUUGGACAUCCCUCUGCCUGAAUUACAAGGUUUGAAAACUCUGAAAGUCGCAUUCCAUCAUGCUACUAAGGAAGAAGUGGUCAUUCACACCAUAAGAUUGCCAAAACAGAGCACUGUUGGGGAUGUAAUUAAUGAUCUUAAAACUAAGGUUGAAUUGUCUCGUCCGGAUGCAGAACUUAGGUUGCUUGAAAUUUUCUAUCACAAGAUUUACAAGGUUUUUCCUCAAAGUGAAAAGAUUGAGAACAUAAAUGAUCAAUACUGGGCAUUACGAGCUGAAGAGGUUUUUCCUCGCAGUGAAAAGAUUGAGAACAUAAAUGAUCAAUACUGGGCAUUACGAGCUGAAGAGGUUCCUGAGGAAGAGAAAAAUCUUGGUCCUAAUGAUCGUGUAAUUCAUGUUUACCAUUUCACUAAAGACACAGCUCAAAACCGAAUGCAAAUUCAAAACUUUGGGGAACCUUUUUUCUUGGUCAUACAUGAAGGUGAAACUUUGGCUGAAAUUAAAGCUCGAGUACAAGAGAAAUUACAGGUCGCAGAUGAGGAGUUCGCUAAGUGGAAGUUUGCAUUUAUUUCCCUAGGUCGCCCAGAAUAUCUUCAGGACUCGGACAUUGUGUCUAGUCGGUUUCAGAGAAGAGAUGUCUAUGGUGCUUGGGAGCCAUAUCUUGGGCUGGAGCACUCUGACAGUUCUCCUAAAAGAUCUUAUGCAGCUAAUCAGAAUCGUCAUACAUUUGAAAAGCCAGUAAAAAUUUACAACUAGGAAGUAGUUGGAUGAUUGAGCUUUUUGUCGUUCCAGAGAUGCGUUGGGCAAAUUCUUCACAUCGUGUGGCUGUGAAAGUGGGAAUUGGUGAAAAGUGAUUGUGCAGCCAUCCAGUGAUACUAACUUUUGAAAAGGUGUCUGGCAACGUUCGGUAGUCGAAUUUGUUAGCUAUUUAAUUCUUUAUCAAGAGUGGUUGGGGACGACUCAUUUCCUAAAUCAGUGUCUUGAAGAAAAAUCCCCUCUUGAGCUCAACUACAGUUUCAGACAGAGGUGCUUCGUCGUUGGGUGACGUGUGAAUGGACUUCCGUCAUCAGAUCAAUGUAAACUUUGACAGUAAGUAAACAAGAUUUUUGGAACUAGUGAACGUAUAGAGGUAUAGUUUGGUGUCAGUCAGCCAUUUUUUGCAUGUUUUGCUUCGCGUUUCUGGUCGGUUUAGAUAGCGAGAUGGAUGGGGUGGCGCAUUGGUUGAUUAGUCAGUUCCCAAACAUGUUUCUAAACUUUUGUAAAAGAGAUUUGCCAGGCGCUGCUAUUGAAUUGAGGGCAGUACAGUACAUAUGCUCUUUUCUGUUAUUGAAUUGGUAAAUUUUCUCUU